AUGGAGACGCCACUUCUUCGCGUGAGUAGACCUGUAGCUGCCUGCUCACGGUGUCGAGCUGCCAAAGUGAAGUGCGAUGGCAAACUGCCGGCUUGCACAGCAUGCGAGAAGUCGAACCGUGCGAGCGAAUGUUCGAGUGUGAACGAUCAAUUUGCGAGAGGCAAAGAACGAAGCUACGUGGCCACUCUCGAAACCAAGGCUGAGAGGUUAGAGAAGAGAAUUGCAGACGCAAGAGCCAGAAGGAAAUCAUCCGCUGUUAUCAUGCUGGACUACUCAGAGUCAUCGACUCCGCGUAGAACCUCAGGCGAUACUGUCAAAGCACCCAAGCAAAUGAGCAAACGUGCUGCGCGACGGAAAGAAGCCUCGGAUAUCGACGAUUUGGUGGCAGGGUUUGGGCUUCUUGCUGUCAAUGCUACGGCGAGGGACUUUUACGGUUUCACAACAGAAAUGUCCUAUGCAAGAUUAAUACUGUCGGCGGCUUCCAAAGAACCACUACCCACAGGCAUGACCAAAGCUCUUCCCCCCAAGUUCGCCGCCACGCCGCUUAUUCAGCACUAUUUGAACAACAUCUUCACACUGCUUCCCAUUUUUGAGGAAGCUACCUUGUACUCUUCAGUCGACGCCGUCUAUCGACAAGGCGAUGUGGCGACUCCUUUGGAUCGAUGGAUUGUACGUAUGGUGUUGGCAAUUGCGAGUUUAUCUCAGUCUCAGCAACGAGGUGACGCCUUGUACUCGGACGCCGUUGGUCAUGCAGUCGCUGCACUCGACUAUGCGGGAGAUGUCUUGCAUCCUGGCUAUGUUUCCAGCAUACAAGCUCUUGUCCUCCUGACCAUAUAUGCUGCCUUAGACCCUCAUCACUUCGACAGCUGGACUUUGAUCGGCGCCGCUUCAAGAGCUCUUGUGGACAUUGGCAUGCAUCAGGAUCCGUCCAAAAAUAUUGCCAUCUCACAGGCAAAGUUAGAAAUACGACGGAGAGUGUACUGGUGUGUAUAUGCGCUCGACCGAUCUACAUCGCUUGUCCAGACCAGGGCCUUUUCGUUCUCAGACGAGGCUGCGCAAGUUGCAUUCCCCUUCCGCAGCUCGUCAGUCUCCCCCCAAUACUCGUCACCUCAAUCGCAAGUGUUUCAGCAAUCUUUCGACACGGCAAUUAGUCUAUUCAAGAUCCGCGAAAUUCAAUCCGAAUGGUACAUGGAUCUUUUCCAGUCAGGUCGCAAGCCGUGGCCGGAUCCCUACCCAUAUAUCUGGAAGCAGUAUGCCCGUAUGUCGGAAUGGUUCCAAGAUAUACCUCAAAGAAUGCUCCCAGCUGUCAAAUCCUGUUUCGAACUUGAGCUUUUCUACAGCUACGUCUACAUACUCUCGCCAAGUCCACGAAUCCCACAUAUUCAUGAAUAUGCUCAACGCCUGAUAUUCGAGCACUGCAUAGCUUACGCCACGAAUCUGCUUUUUCUGAUCAACACACCCACAAAUUCCACUAAACCAUCACCAACCUUCUAUGACGCAAUGCGAGCAUACAUGACCGGCCGGCAAUUCGUCGAUGUCUUGUCGCGCAACAUGGAUGCGAUGCUCAGCCCACAUCCUCCUGCAUCACCAACACCCUUCACAUCUCAGGUCGAAUCGGAAGAUCCUCUCGCCCCACCUGUGCAAGUCAGUGCGCCGCCUUUCCCGUCGCCAUCCAUACCCGAGGGGCAAAUAUCGCCCCCAGACCCCACCGUCCGAGCCAUUGGUGCUCUCAACGACUUCACGUCGAUUCUUUCGAAUUUUGGACUUCGCUUCGGUUUCAUACACUGGCGUGACCGCUUCCAACGCGAGUCCGCUGGUCUCACACAACAACUGCACCAGCGCAACUCCACAUCGCCUCCUACGUCCCCUCCAAUCCACCAAAUACCACCGACCGUGGCCUACCCGCAGCAAUGGGUCGCCCUGUCCUCCCCGCCUCAACAAGCACCCCAGCUAGUGUAUCAGGACCUACCGACCACGCCCCCAACCGUGUAUCCACCGCAAUCAAGCCCGUUCUCAAGCUCGAUGUCGUACAACGGUAACCCUUUCGACGGGCGAGGCACAAGUCCGCUUCAACCAACACUAUCUUACGACCCUGUGGGCCAAAAUUCGCAUCACUUGUGGUCCACGCCUUCUCCACAGCCUAUGCCGGAUAUGCCCCAGCCGACUGAGGGCAGGAAGAGACAGGCGAUGAUGUAUGGUCCGCGCUUGCCUGACCCGGAUAAUGCUUGGAACCAUGGCCAGCUCGUACAGCAGCAACGGGAUGGUCCGGACUGGAGUUAG